UUAACGUUGUAAAAUGAGUGAAAGUGUUUUGAGAUCAUAGUUUGUGCUGCAUUUAUAUAUUGGGAAUCAAACAUGUUUAAGGGAUCUUAAUUACUUUAUUGUUAUUGGCACAGAUGGAUACAUUGUUUUAGAAAACAACUGAUGAGCUUUCACAGCUCACUGAAUGUGUCGAGGCACAGUGGUUGGGAAUGAGAGAGCUACUGUAUUCAACAUCCUUAAUUGAGUGUGCUGCAAUUAGACUAAAUAAACCACAAUUAGUGCACGGUAUCAUUGGCCACGCUGCAAUUUAAAAUGUGCUGCUUUGAUCGCUUACACUUUUGACUUCUUCAGUGUGAUGAUCACAUUGAUUUGCAUUAUCGCAGGUUGACACACACAUACACGCGUGUGUCACUAUGGAACCCAGCUCAUGUUUCUGAAGCCUCCCGUGAAGACUCGUACACCCAACAGGGCGUUCCGAGGCUGGGAUCAAAAGGGUUGCGAAAGCGCGACAAAAGCCAAGUGAAAUUGGAGAUGAUAGAAGGGAGCAACGAGAAGGAGAGCGAUAGAGUGCGAAGCCGUGGAACCAUUUGUGUCCCCCUGCCCCAUCCCAUCCCACGCGUCUUUUUUAAUGGAAUAUUUUACAUUAUAGUCAACCUCCAGGACUUUGUAAUGCCCAUUCAUAGUUCUUAUCACUUUAAGGUUAAUUGUAUUCAUUCAUGUCAACGUACAUUAUAUUAUAAUUGUAUAGAUAACAGCACCCUCCAUUGGUUCUGAGGGCACAGCCCCGUUAUUUCACUUACCUCUUUAUUUAUUUAUUUAUUUAUUUAUUUAUUUAUUUACUUAUUUAUUUAUUUAGUGCUGUUCAUACCUCUUUUGUUCAGACUCCCGUAUAUUUUGGAUGUAAUUCCACUAUCGACUGUUAGAUGGCAGCACUCUUUCAUUUGAACGUGUGUAUUAAACUGAUGAAGAAAAGUAAAAAGAAGAAAUACACUAUUUCAAAUCACCUUUGUUUUUGCUGAAGAUCAUUGAUCAAUCCUCUUUACGCCUACAAAAAGCGACAUCCAAACUUGGGCCGUAUUAUACUUGCAUGAAAGACUUUAGGCUCAUGAAUAUAAAAAAAUGCAAAACGGUUAAGUAGGGUGGGAAAUGAGCUUGCCUCCUUUGUCUGAACCUACUGUACCAUUGUUAGACCAGGCAUGGUGCACACUUCUCACCUAAAACCGUGCACGUGUGUACUCUGCAGGGGGUUCUGCAGACUCCCCCUACUCCCUUUUGGGCAAAAGUACCACUUCUAUAAUGUUAUAUAAACAGCCCAACUUGGACGGGGGGGGGGGCAUGAAAGUGUCUUUUGAAGCAUUAUUUUUCUCCCCCUCCACAUGAUUUGGGGCGUCUUCUCAUUGGUCGACUACACGCGACCUGCGCGAGGAGGGGGGCUGCGAGACGCGUGCCGCCUUUUAAACGGACGCCGCGUCUCCAGACACCCAAGACACGCGACCUGCGCUCCUCCUCACGCAGCGCGGAAGCCAAACAGUUCCCGGUAUCGUGUUUAGACCACCACCACCUGUAGGAGUGAUUUGCGCGGCGUGGGGGAGAAACAUGGAUGUCUUAAGCGUGGCAGACUGGUGUCAAGGCGCCAAAGAAGCAAGCUAUGAAAAUGACCCACGCGACUGGCUCGGUCCUGCGCAGCCCUCCGGCACCUGCGACACACGCGACUCUUCGGCGGACUACCUGGGACAUUCGCCCUGCUCCAGCACCGGCUCUUAUCACGAAAGUGGCUCACCGGCCUCGGCGGGUCCCCCCAGCCCUCCCAGCUACCGAAAAUCAGCCAAGGGCUCGCUCAAAGUCCGGGACCUGUGUCGCUUGCAGGGCUUGGUGGUCGCCGGACCUGAGCAGGACGCAUCCGCCCGGCAGAGGGCCCCGUCCAGCAAGCCAGCCAACGGCGUGCAGCGGCAGAGACGCGUCGCCGCCAACGCACGGGAGCGGCGGCGCAUGCACGGCUUGAACCACGCUUUCGACGCUCUCCGCAAUGUCAUCCCGGCUCUGGAUAACGACAAGAAGCUGUCCAAGUAUGAGACGCUGCAAAUGGCACAGAUAUACAUCAACGCCCUAGCGGAGCUCCUGCAAGACCCGGCGUCAUCUUCGUCCGCCUCCAGUCCGCCAAAGAGCGACCUGGCGCCGUCGCCUUCCGCAGGAUUUGACGGCGGGGCUCCGCAGUCGCUGUCACAGCCGAGGGGCAACUCCUCCGAGGGCCAGCUGGCAGCGCACAUCGAUGCCAUGUCACUGCGCACCGCCUUCGACGACGUCUCCUUCCCCGCCUUGCAGGUGGAGGAAGUAGCGGGCUCCCCUUCGGUGGGGGGCCCGGGUGGACGCGUGGACUCGCCCCGCAGCGACGGCGAAUUUUCUCCGCACUCUCACUUCAGUGACUCCGAUGAGAUGGCUUUGGAGGAGGACGAGCUUCACACCGUCUCUUUCUAACAUAUUCUCACAAAAAUAUCCAUCUAUCAAUACCACUUAAGUCCGACAGUAUCAACCAAAUUGUUCUCAAACAGUUUUUAAACGAUUAUUUCUUUGUGACAUAUUAAUUUGAUUCAUGCCAAUUUGAAGUUGC